UGAUGCAUCCCAUGACAUGAACUACGUUUCACACCUAAAUAGUGAUCUACAAUUUGAGAUAGAAGACCACAUUCCUGAGUUGCAGCUCCUCCUGCGUCUUCAUAUGAUCGAUCAAACUUAGCUACAAGCCCAUGCCCUCUUCCAGCUUCUCAGCCCAGGCCCUGAAUAAUCUUGGGGGCCUAACUCUGCUUGUUAAUAGUGGGCCCCCAAAACUAGAUCCAAUUACAUUUAUCUGGAUGCCGAUUGAAAUGAAAUCCGGCGAGCGCCGCCGUUUGGCGAGCCGCGGGAAGCUGAGACGCGGCCGGGCGAAGACUUUUUUCCGCUACCGGUGACACCGACUCCAGUUUUCCCCCAAACCUUGGGCGCCCGCCGCUGGAAUCCCGAUCCAACGGAACUCUUCCUCCCUGUAGGAAAGAAUAUGGAAUAAAGACCAAGAAGGAGAAAGAAAUAAAUGAACAAGUUAAAUGCUGCAGUGUUCCUUGCCAAAUAUACAUGGGGGUGGUAUCCACCAUUUAUUUCCGAAGGAAUCACCGUCGAAAGCUCGUCCUUUUAUUCCUCUAAGCUCUCUCGGCCAAGGCCAUGGCUUUCUCGCGGCCGUCGUUGAUGGCGAGGGGCGUGCGUCGCCCCCGGUUGUUCUCGAACCGGCGUUCGUCGCUGUACGCGCUCGCGCUGACGGUGCUCCUUAUGCUGUCUGUGGUCCUUCUCAUGCUCCUUGCCCUCGGCAUCUUCUCCCUUCCCGUCCCUUCCAACAGCGCCCCUGAAGGCGUCGACAUCCGCCAACGCCAUGAUAGAUCCGUCUUCGAGGCGACAACUACGUAUCUCGGCGAUGGGAAUGGACUAGGGAAGAGGGGGGUGCAGUGGACGGAGGUCGUCUCGUGGGAGCCCAGAGCGUUCAUCUACCACAAUUUCUUGUCCAAGGAGGAGUGUGAAUACCUAAUUAAACUGGCAAAGCCUCAUAUGGUGAAGUCGACAGUUGUUGAUAGCACUACUGGUAGAAGUAAAGGCAGCAGGGUUCGCACAAGCUCAGGCAUGUUUCUCAGACGAGGACAAGACAAAAUCAUUCAAUACAUUGAAAAAAGGAUAGCAGAUUAUACCUUUAUACCUGUAGAGCAUGGGGAGGGGCUCCAAGUUCUGCAUUAUGGAGUUGGACAGAAAUAUGAACCACACUUUGACUACUUUCUUGAUGAAUUCAACACUAAGAAUGGGGGUCAGCGUAUGGCUACCCUUCUAAUGUAUCUUUCAGAUGUUGAAGAAGGCGGUGAGACAAUAUUCCCAUCUGUCAAGGUCAACAGUAGUUCUUUACCAUCGUACAAUGAGCUAUCUGAGUGUGGAAAGAAAGGUCUUUCUGUUAAACCAAAGAUGGGAGAUGCCUUACUCUUUUGGAGCAUGAAGCCUGAUGCCAUUGUAGACCCAUUAAGUUUGCAUGGUGCAUGUCCUGUGAUUAAAGGGAAUAAGUGGUCAUGUACGAAAUGGAUGCAUAUCCAUGAGUAUGAAGUUUAAUGUAUCACAUUACAGUGAAGUGGUGAAUGAUUCAUCAAGGAAAAUGGUGGAAAACAAGUUAUUUGGUGAUAAAGGAGUUUGCCUGUUAUUGGUAGGGUGAACUGGAGCACUCACCUUGGAGGUGCUCAACUAUAUAAAUUUGCAUUUUAUUCGACAUCAUAUGGAGAUUGGUACGGGAGUUUCAGAGUAUGAGAGAGCAUUUUCGGCAAGGCUUAAAAGAGGCUGUUAGGUUCUACAUAUUCAUUUAAUGCUCUAUGUGACAUUGCUACAUUUAAGUGAUAUAAUGAAUGAAGGAGGCAGUCCAUAUGAUGUUCAUUUGAACGCUGCUACAACGUUAGAUGCAUACCCAACUUGUUGGCAAUAUCAGCUUUGAUUUUUGACACCAAUGUUCUGACUUGGAUAAUAAUCCAAUUAGAGAUUCAAGGAUACGACUAGUUCUCCUAAAUUUUUAGGACACGAAUAUGGGUAAGUAUAUCCUCCAUGUGAUUGUCUGCCAUAGAAGUUCAGUUAUUAAAUGUAUAUAGACACUCCUAGAGAAGAAAGCAUUCAAGAUGAACUAUACAGAUCAAUGUCCAGAAAUCAAGUUUCCAACCAAUUCAUUGAUCUUGUUGAAGUUUCUGGAAACCACAGAUUCUAUGAUAUACAAUUUGUUUCUAUGACUUAUCUAAGAGGAGCCAAGUGUACUAAAUUCAGGAUCGACAGAAUGCUUGAUUAAUAAUCUUUGACCUCGUUGUUAUGAAGAUUGCAAUAUUUUGUGGUUUUUGUAUGGUAAGUGAGAGAAAAGACAGUAUUUUGCAUUAUAUUGCAGCAUUAAGUUCUCUGUGUGUGUGUGUGUUUUUUUUUGUUUUUUUUUUU